GUUGAGCAACCGAUAUAAUGGUGUAAAGUUCAGAGGGACCACUCAGUCCAGACAGGAGCAGUGCUCUCAGUUCAGCGAGGUCGCAGGCAGCCAGCGUUCGGAGGAGAGCGACGUCGACCCCAUCUCUCCGAUGCAGCUGCCAGACUCCCAGUGGAAGCGACAGGCCCCCACGCCGGGGUCCCGCGAGCACGACCCGGGCUCCCAGCGCGUCACCAAACGCCACCGCAAACUGCUAAAGACCAGCCCGGUGCUGCGAGCUCGCGCGAACUCUUCCCUGCCCAGCUCCCGCCGGCUCUCCGACGUCCAGGAGUCUCGCCGGCGCAUCGUGCGCGAGGUCUGCGGCAAAUACAGGAGUAAUAUUUCGCGGACGAUAACGCCGCAUCACGUCUCGCGCAUCUACGUGGAGGACAGGCAUAAACUGCUCUACUGCGAGGUGCCCAAAGCCGGAUGCUCCAACUGGAAGAGAGUCCUGAUGGUGUUGGCCGGCGUCGCCAACUCGACUCGUGACAUCAAUCACGUGGCCGUUCAUUACGACAACCACCUGAAACGCCUGGACAGCUUCGACCGGCAGGGCAUCACCAAGCGCUUGGAGACGUAUACCAAAGUCCUGUUCAUCCGAGAGCCCAUGGAGCGACUGGUGUCCGCCUUCAGGGACAAAUUCGAGAGCCCCAAUUCCUACUACCAUCCCGUCUUCGGAAAGCCCAUCAUCUCCAAAUACAGAGUGAACGCCUCGCAGGCGGCUCUGAAGACGGGAAGCGGCGUGACCUUCCGAGAGUUCAUCCACUAUCUUCUGGACGUGCAUCGUCCCGUGGGAAUGGACAUCCACUGGGAAGCCGCCAACCAGCUUUGCAGCCCCUGCCACCUCCACUACGACUUCGUCGGGAAGGUGGAGACCUUGGAGGAAGACGCCAACUUCCUUUUACGGAAGAUCGGGGCCCCGGAGAACCUGACGUACCCCUCGUUCAAGGACGGGAACCCCAAAGCGGCCAGAACUUCCACGCAGAUCACGCAGCAUUACUUUUCGCAGCUGAACGCGUCCGAGCGCCAGCGGGCGUAUGACUUCUACUACAUGGACUACUUGAUGUUUAACUACUCCAAACCCUACAAAGACCUCUACUGACGCUUGCGCUUUAACUGCUGGUAACCCGCGUGCGCUGUCCGGUCGAUGCUUCAGAGACUAAUUUGACUAAUCCGUAAUCACAUGGCCUCAUCCUCUUUGGAGAUUCAGCUGUCGAUAACCCGGAGCACAUCACUCUUUAUUUCCCAUUAAAAAGUCCCAACCAGGCGUGACCCUACAAGUGACCGGCGACUAUCUCAUCUGUCACAUUCUCAGCGCAUACAUAGCAUAAAAACUACGUGUUUAGUAGCCUGUUGUAAGAGAUCUGGGGGUUUAAAAUGAAAAGAAAUUAGUUUUAUCCAUCAGGGACGCAUUAAAGUGAUACAAAAUUGACAGUAAGGAUACAUAUUAGAAACAAACUUUGUACGUUUUAAAGCUUGGAGACAAAAAUAUAUUUUGCUCCACGUUAAAAAUCAUGAGAAAUUUGGAGGAAAAUAAUUAAUUAUUUAGUUUUUGGCUGUAUUUUUUAUUUUUUGGGCCAGCAAAAAAACAGCAAAACUGUGUCAAAAUUCAGCUUUGCUCAAUAAAUUGUAUUUUAAAGUAUAUCAAAAAUA